CUUUAACUCAUUCUUCCAUCUUCUAUUCAUUUAACUAACUUACUCACUCAUUCUUCUUCUUCUUCUUCUUCUCAUCAUCAAAACUCAAAAGAUAAGUCGUUAUGGCGAAUGAAAAGAUGAGUAAUUUUGAAAAUAUUACGAAAGAGAAUAUUGAUCUUGAGCAUAUACCUAUAGAUGAAGUUUUUUCGAGUCUACUAUCUUCGAGACAUGGAUUGACGUCGGAUCAAUGCAGAGAGAGACUUGAAGAAUUUGGCCCUAACAAACUAGAGGAGAAAAAGGAAAAUAAGUUGUUUAAAUUCCUGGGCUUCAUGUGGAAUCCACUAUCAUGGGUUAUGGAGAUGGCUGCUAUCAUGGCUAUUGCUUUGGCUAAUGGAGGAGGCAAGCCCCCAGACUGGCAAGACUUUGUUGGAAUCAUCACCUUGCUGGUGAUCAACUCCACAAUCAGCUUCAUCGAAGAAAAUAAUGCCGGUAAUGCAGCUGCAGCACUAAUGGCAGGUCUCGCUCCAAAGACAAAGGUCCUUAGAGAUGGGAAAUGGAGUGAACAGGAGGCUGAAAUUCUGGUACCAGGAGAUAUCAUAAGCAUAAAACUAGGAGAUAUUGUUCCUGCAGAUGCUCGUCUCUUAGAAGGUGACCCACUCAAGAUCGAUCAAUCUGCUCUGACUGGUGAAUCCUUGCCUGUAAACAAACAUCCUGGUGAUGGAGUUUUCUCAGGAUCCACCUGCAAGCAAGGUGAGAUCGAGGCUGUUGUAAUAGCCACUGGUGUUCGCACCUUCUUUGGCAAGGCUGCUCACCUUGUUGACAGCACAAACCAAGUUGGUCACUUCCAAAAGGUGUUGACAGCGAUUGGAAACUUCUGCAUAAUAUCGAUUGUUGUUGGAAUAGUAGUAGAGUUAAUAGUGAUGUACCCAAUUCAGCACAGAAAAUACAGAGAUGGAAUUGACAAUCUGUUGGUAUUGCUGAUUGGAGGAAUACCGAUUGCUAUGCCAACAGUAUUGUCAGUUACAAUGGCAAUUGGAUCACACCGUUUGUCACAGCAGGGUGCCAUAACUAAAAGAAUGACAGCCAUUGAGGAAAUGGCUGGGAUGGAUGUCCUUUGUAGUGAUAAGACAGGAACACUGACACUUAACAAGCUCACAGUUGACAAGAACAUGGUUGAGAUAUUUUCUCCUGAUUUAGAUAAGGAUACUGCAAUCCUCCUGGCAGCUAGGGCUUCCCGUGUUGAAAACCAGGAUGCUAUUGAUACCUGCAUUGUAGGGAUGUUGGCUGAUCCAAAGGAGGCAAGAGCUGGGAUCACCGAGGUGCACUUCCUUCCGUUCAAUCCAGUAGAAAAGCGUACUGCCAUUACUUAUAUUGACACUGAUGGAGAUUGGUAUAGGGUUAGCAAGGGUGCUCCAGAGCAGAUUAUUGAGCUCUGCAACCUUGGUCCUGAUGCCAGGAGUAAAGCUCAUGCCAUCAUUGACAAGUUUGCUGAUCGAGGUCUUCGAUCCCUUGGUGUUGCAAGACAGGACAUUCCUGAGAAAAGUAAGGAUAGCCCAGGAGGAACAUGGAAGUUUGUUGGUUUAUUGCCUCUUUUCGAUCCUCCGAGGCAUGAUAGUGCUGAGACUAUAAGGCGUGCAUUGAGUCUUGGUGUGAAUGUCAAGAUGAUAACUGGUGAUCAACUGGCCAUUGGUAAGGAGACAGGGCGUAGACUUGGCAUGGGAACUAACAUGUAUCCUUCAUCUUCCUUACUCGGUCAGCAUAAGGACGAAAGCAUUGCUUCCAUUCCAAUUGAGGAGCUCAUUGAGAAGGCUGAUGGGUUUGCCGGCGUCUUCCCUGAGCACAAGUAUGAGAUUGUAAAGAAACUGCAAGAGAGGAAGCACAUUUGUGGUAUGACAGGAGAUGGAGUGAAUGAUGCUCCAGCAUUGAAGAGGGCAGACAUUGGUAUAGCUGUUGAUGAUGCUACUGAUGCAGCAAGAAGUGCAUCAGACAUUGUGCUAACAGAGCCAGGACUUAGUGUGAUUAUUAGUGCUGUUUUGACUAGCAGAGCCAUUUUCCAAAGAAUGAAGAACUACACCAUUUAUGCAGUUUCAAUCACCAUUCGUAUCGUCAUGGGUUUUAUGCUCAUCGCCCUCAUUUGGAAGUUUGAUUUUGCUCCUUUCAUGGUUCUAAUCAUUGCUGUACUUAAUGAUGGAACCAUAAUGACCAUCUCCAAGGAUAGAGUCAAGCCUUCUCCUACCCCUGACUCUUGGAAGCUUAAGGAGAUUUUUGCCACCGGCGUUGUUCUUGGCACCUAUCUUGCUCUCAUGACUGUCAUUUUCUUUUGGGCUGCUAGUGACACCGGCUUCUUUUCUCGCUGUUUUCAUGUGAGAUCUAUCAGGGGUAAUGAAGAGGAGUUAAUGGCUGCCUUGUACCUACAAGUCAGUAUUGUAAGUCAGGCACUCAUAUUUGUAACUCGCUCCAGGAGUUGGUCCUUCGUUGAACGCCCUGGUCUCAUGCUUCUCGGUGCCUUUUUCAUAGCGCAGUUGAUUGCCACACUCAUUGCUGUCUAUGCAAACUGGGGAUUUGCUCGUAUUAAGGGCAUUGGAUGGGGAUGGGCUGGAGUGAUCUGGCUUUACAGUAUCAUUACUUACUUACCCUUAGAUCCCCUCAAGUUCGCUAUCAGGUAUGCCUUGACUGGUAAGGCCUGGAAUAAUCUGCUUGAAACCAAGACCGCAUUCACGAGCAAGAAGGAUUAUGGAAAGGGUGAGAGAGAAGCACAGUGGGCUACUGCACAACGUACUCUGCAUGGCCUGGAGGCCCCAGAAAGCUCAGAGUUGCUCGCUGACAAGAACAGCUACCGGGAAUUGUCUGAAAUUGCUGAACAGGCUAAGAGACGUGCUGAGAUUGCUAGGUCACUCAUGCAGAAAGCAGUGGAAGAUCAUUUAACUUCCCCUAGAAAAAGUGGGGAAAUCAAAUAUGAGGGGCAGAAAACAAAGUUGAGAGAAAUUCACACACUGAAAGGGCAUGUAGAGUCAGUCGUCAGGCUCAAGAAUCUUGACAUUGAGACAAUUCAACAGAACUACACAGUCUAAGUAAUCAGGAAAUUAAGAUGAUUAUCAGGCUCAAGUUCUCUACUCCACUACUCUGGCAUGGCAUCUGAGGUGGUAGAAAAAACCCAAAAGAGAUAAAGAAAUAAGAAAAUCAGGAUAACUUAUUUCCUUUUUCUUAUCCCAUUCAAAGUUUGCUAGAGGAUGCAAACUCAUCGGCAAUAAACCCAGCCACAGAGAUUUCACUCGGAGAUUAUCCGAUCCAUUGUUGGGAAAAUAGGCUUUUGAAGAAGAUAAGACUAGUACAAAUCCUAUCCAAAAAAAAAAAAUCCAAAAUAUGAUAAAAGAUCAGUACUAUAUUGCAUGAGUCUUAUAAUAUAUGAAAAAUUGUCCCACUCUCUCUCUCUCAAUGAAA